UUUUACAGUCAUCAACAGCAAACCAAACAGUAAUUCGCAACCAAACAGUAAUUCCAACAGAAAAAAAAUUCCCGGAGGUUUUGUGAAUCUUCACUUUAUUUAGCAUUCUGGUCAAUUUCUCUGUGUCCAUAUACCUUCUAUACAAACGUGUUCUUCAGCAAGAUUCUGUCGUUGCGUGUGGCUCUAUCUCUUUUGGUUUUUUUAUAUAUUAUAAGCUAAGCAUCCAGAAUUGAGGGCUUUGACAAAAUCUUUCUUGUAUGCUACUUUUCCUUGUUUUUGAUUCUUGGGUUUCUGUCAAUUCUCUCUUUUUGCCUAAAUCUUCAUUUAUUCCUAAUUGGAUCUUCAAUUAUUGAAGCUUUAUCCCUUUGAAUCCACAAACACAAGUGUUAGGGAGCUUGGGUUUGAUUUCUUCUUUGCUUUCAUCUUAAAAAUCCCUGUUUUUGGUUGUCAAUUAUAUGUUAUCAAUUGUCUCUAUUGCAGAUUAGUUGAUUUCUAAGCUUAUUUUCAGGCUUUCUUAUAUCAGUUGUAUUUUAGCUCAUUUCGUAACUGAUUUGCUACCAUUUAGAACAGAUCUAGCUAUCUAGAAGUUCGGUUUGUUGUUCGGGCUGUUGGGGAGUUUAAUAAGAUUCUGAGUUACUGUUAAAAGGCUCUUUGAAAAAGCUUCUUUAGAUCCAAUUCGGUUCUGUUCACUUUUAUCGUUUUGUGUUUUUAUGAAUUACAGAUAUUCUGGUUGCACACAACAGGAAACCAGCUGCUUUGUAGAUUUUGUAUAAGUUUCAAAUCUGUAUUUGAAGAAGUUUUAAGACAUUAAAAAGAUGACGAUUGGAAAUCAAGCUACAAAGAAUGAGGGAAAGUCGACGAAGAGCAAACAAGUUAAUGAGAUUGAUCCCUUGUUGCCUAAAAGGCAAGAGGAUGUUGGUUUUGAUGAGUUUGAUGGAGCUUCCUUUACUGGAGCAGUGUUCAACUUAUCAACUACCAUAGUUGGUGCUGGAAUCAUGGCACUGCCUGCCACCAUGAAAGUGUUAGGCCUUGGCCUUGGGGUUGCUAUGAUCAUCUUUAUGGCCUUCUUGACAGAGGCUUCAAUUGAGCUGUUGCUUAGGUUUAGCAGGGCAGCGAAGAGUGCUUCAUAUGGAGGACUUAUGGGUGAUGCCUUUGGAAAGUACGGAAGGAUACUGUUGCAACUAGCUGUUUUAAUCAACAACAUUGGGGUACUCAUCGUGUACAUGAUUAUUAUUGGUGAUGUGUUGUCUGGAACAUCUUCGAGUGGAGUUCACCAUGCCGGUGUGCUUGAAGGAUGGUUUGGAGAACAUUGGUGGACUGGACGAUUCUUUAUCCUUCUUGUCACAACACUUGCUAUAUUUUCGCCGCUUGCUUGCUUUAAGCGAAUUGAUUCUUUAAGAUACACAUCUGCCUUAUCAGUUGCUCUAGCAGUUGUGUUUCUUGUGAUCACUGUGGGAAUCACAGUUAUCAAGUUGAUAAAUGGAAGCAUAAUGAUGCCCAGAUUACUACCCAAUGUUACAGAUCUGACUUCAUUUUGGGAACUCUUCACUGUAGUCCCUGUUCUCGUCACUGCAUACAUCUGCCACUACAAUGUUCACAGCAUAGAUAAUGAACUUGAGGACUCCACUCAGAUAAAAGCAGUCGUGCGAACAGCACUUGCCUUAUGCUCAACUGUAUAUAUAAUGACCAGCAUUUUUGGAUUCCUUCUUUUUGGUGAUGGAACCCUUGAUGAUGUGCUUGCGAACUUUGAUACUGACCUUGGCAUUCCUUACAGUUCCCUGCUUAAUGAUGCUGUUCGCGUUAGUUAUGCUGCUCAUCUCAUGCUUGUAUUCCCAAUUGUCUUCUAUCCCUUGCGGCUCAACUUGGAUGGCCUCCUAUUUCCCUCAGCACGACCUUUGUGUCAGGAAAAUAUGAGAUUUGCAUCAAUCACCAUUGGGCUAAUUGCUCUGAUAUUCUUGGGUGCUAAUUUCAUUCCAAGCAUCUGGGAUGCUUUCCAAUUCACUGGAGCAACUGCAGCUGUUUGCCUUGGGUUCAUUUUUCCUGCUUCAAUCACUCUUAGGGAUCGCCACAACAUAGCAACGAAGAAGGACAAGAUAUUGUGUAUUUUCAUGAUUGUCCUUGCCGUGUUCUCAAAUUUGGUGGCCAUUUAUAGCGAUGCAUUUGCGUUGAUUAAAAAGAAUUCUUCACCUCGUGAAUGAUCUGGCAUGUUAAUCCAUACUGUGAAAUGAAUCAAGAAUUGGUCAUCUUUUAGCUAAGAGACCUUGAUUGGCAGAAUCUUUUCCAUUGCAACUUCUCCAGGAAGUGUAAUGAAGUUUAAUAAGACACUCGGAUAUAUGUGUAUAUGCAUUUUGCUGAAGACAGCAAUGGUCUCUCAAGACUUCUGGACCCCUUAUACUCUGUGCGUCGUUAUAUUUGGUGGUUUGUGGUUUGUUUUGGGUUUUAAUUUUGUGGAAAAGAAUGAGACUGUAGAAAUGAAGACAUAUAAAUAUAUCUGCAGCGCAUCUUGCUAGCUGAAUAUAAUAUUAUACAUUGUCAGUGUGAUAUUGCAUAUUAGAUAUUUAUUUACUUUAAAUAAGAUGUUUUUGGAUUAUGAGUUA